AUGGUCCCAGACACGAGUCGAGAUCUCAUGGACAUUCCCGCCAAUAUGAAUGAUCCUGCUUAUCUCUUUAUCCCGCCAGCCGUUCCGCUGUGAGAAGGGGAGCGAGAUUAUACAUCCCGACACGUGACCCUGUUAGACUAACCCAGCCGUCUACCCUACACCCGACUAGAGCAUGUUAUCCAUGACAUAAACAGGGUUUAUUAUUCCAAAUAUGGCCGGAAGGGGGAAAGAGUGGACCUUUCCCGCUGUCACCGGACUUUCCGAGCCCCAAAACGAACACUAUUUUGGUAGAGGGAAACGCAGUCAGCGGGAUGCUUUCUCUUUUUCGUUCUCCAAACAAAAGCGCGUCCUCUUUUUUUAGGCUGGGAUGGUGGGCAGAGAAGCAGGAGUUCGGCACCUUUCAGAGCCGAAUCAAAUUAUUCAUGCCAGAAAUCAUGCUGGACAGGUGCGCUGAAGCCGGGAACCGGGUCUUCACGGGAUUUAAUGGCCAUAAUUAA